UGCACUCCCCGUUCUCCUCAUAAAGAUAUAGAUAUAUGUAUGGUACAGACAGCGGUGUGUGAUGAGCCGCUUCUGUAUUAUCACAAUAUGUAUGGUAUAUAUAUGUAUCGUCACAAUAUGUAUGGAGAUUGCAGGUGCAUAUACGUGUAUGUAACAAUUUCUUAACUCACUAAACUCAAUCAACAGUUGAGUCUUCUAUAUUUCUUAGAGAACUUCAUUUUAGGUUGUUUAGACUAGCUGAUCUAGGAUUAGACGCAAUACCGUCAUGAUAUGUUGUUCUAUCACAUGUAUCCAAUUAUUAAAAAAAAAAAAAUGAGACAAAUGAUGAGAUGACGCAAUACCGUCAUGAUCAGACAAUGCAGUUGUUGGUAUAGGAUCACUCCAGAUUUAACAUGAUGAACGCUGAUGACAAGAAAGAGACGUUGAGCACAGAGCGAUUGUUGGCCUGGUUUGUGAGAUAGAUUCUCUAUCUCAGCAUCAAAGCUCCAACCGAGUUAAAAUCGAACUAUCCAAAGAGAUCGGAUCAGAGACGGAGCACUGAAGAUACCUUAAUCAGGGAGCAUAAACCUUGAUCGGAGACGUAACGUGUAACCAAACGCGGUGACCACGCAAGAGUAGAAGAACGUGUGUGAGGAGGGCGAUCAUACACCAAAGGAUGUGAAGAUCAGAGUGAGAACUAAAAUUCCAGUGAAGAAUUUGAUCCAUGGAAGCAGCCGGCUAUGAAGAGUAGGUUUUCUUAUCUAUCAUAUCGUCAUCCUUUUUUAGUGGGGAACCAACACAUGUCAAAUCUAUGUUGCAUAGUAAAGAUAAGCCAGAGUAACAAUAAGACAAGACCCAGAUCAGUCUUAGAGGAGCUGGUAAUAAUCUUAAACUUGAUCAUAGAUUUGGCACUAACAAGAAAAAAAGAAAAGGAGAAAGAUGAAGGAAUAUGUUGUAGACGAUCAUGAAAGCAGACAAGAAAUUCUCGCCAUGUCUCUCUCUUCAUCCAUAAACACAUCCAUAAACAGUAAUAUCUCUAAAUGAAGAGAGAGAGAGAGAGAGAGAGAGAGAGAUUUAUUAUACCAAAUUGAAGCAACGAUGGAGAGGGAAGCUGCUUUUAAUAGAAGAUUGUUUUCAGGUGGUAAUUAAAAAGCUAGGGAAUGCCGCCCAAAAUCAUCCAUCUAUUUUAUUUUGAUAAAUUUGAUAUCGAGAGAGCCCCAAUCUCUGCGACAACAUGGGACCGGCGGCGAGAGAGGACACACCCCUUCUCGGGAAGGAAAGACCAUUGUCCAGCCAGUUCAAGACUUUCGCCAAUGUCUUUAUUGCUAUCGUCGGGGCUGGGGUUCUGGGUCUUCCUUACGCCUUCAAGCGCACCGGAUGGCUCAUGGGUGUGCUCACGCUCUUCUCCGUAGCAGCUUUGAUCACCCACUGCAUGAUGCUUCUCGUUCACAUCCGCCGCAAGCUCGGUGCCGCCAACAUCGGCUCUUUCGGAGACCUUGGUUUCGCAGUCUGCGGCCCACUCGGGAGGUUCCUCGUUGACAUUCUUAUCAUCUUGUCCCAGGCUGGCUUCUGUGUCGGAUAUCUCAUCUUUAUCGGUACUACUUUAGCUAAUCUCUUCAACCCAACCACCACUCUGACCCUGAGUCACGUGUCCCCUAAGAGUCUCUACAUAUGGGGAUGUUUUCCUUUUCAGCUGGGCUUGAACUCCGUCAAGACGCUCACUCACUUGGCACCUCUAAGCAUAUUCGCCGACGUGGUUGAUCUUGGCGCAAUGGCCGUGGUGAUCGUGGAGGAUGUCAAGAUUGCAGUGGAGCAAAGGCCUGACGUGGUUGCCUUUGGUGGUAUGUCAGUUUUCUUCUAUGGGAUGGGAGUGGCUGUCUACGCCUUCGAAGGUGUGGGCAUGGUUUUACCCCUCGAAUCGGAGAUGAAGGACAAGGAAAAGUUUGGCAAAGUGUUGGCGCUCAGCAUGGGAAUCAUCGCGUUGCUUUUCGGAGCUUUCGGGGUGUUAGGUUACAUGGCCUUUGGGGAUGAAACAAUGGACAUAAUCACAGCCAACUUGGGGCCAGGACUGGUGAGCAGCCUGGUGAAGCUGGGACUCUGCAUCAACCUCUUCUUCACCUUCCCCUUGAUGAUGAACCCUGUGUUUGAGAUCGUUGAGAGACGUUUUUGGAGUGGUAUGUACUGCGUGUGGCUCAGAUGGCUACUCGUCUUAGCUGUGACCCUGGUGGCUCUCUUGGUGCCAAACUUUGCAGAUUUUUUGUCAUUGGUGGGAAGCAGCGUCUGCUGUGCGUUGGGCUUCGUGUUGCCUGCUUUGUUUCAUCUGAUGGUCUUCAAAGACGAAAUAGGGUGGAAGCAACGGACUUUCAACUCUGGGAUCGUGCUACUGGGCCUCGUUCUAGCUGUCUCAGGUACUUGGAGCUCCCUGAGCGAGAUAUUCAACUGGAACUAGAGUUUGUAGGUAGGUGAAAAGAGACUGGACGUUGCUGUUUCUUUUCUGCCCAUUUUGACUUCUUUUGUUGGAAUCGUUUUCUACUUUUCAAUCAAGAGAUUUCCAGAAUACUAUUUGUUAUAUUACUUAUUGGUAACCAUUCGAUUCAACUGUUACCAUUGUUUUUUUGAUAACAUUUACGGUGUUCUUGUUCAACGCUUUAGAGGUAAUGUUUCCAACAUUCUAUGA